AUGGCUAAAGACAGCGACUUAAGUAAAUACGAUUUGUCGCGGCUGCGGGUGGAGUUUGAAGAAGAAAGAGAGAUAAAAGAAAUGCUGGAAGAAUCUGUGUCGGACCUGAGGAGAACCAUGUGUGAACUACAAGAAAGACUGCUCAGCGUCGAUGAAGAAGGGAAUGAGUGGAAGACGAGAUACGAGUCGCAGGUGGAGCUGAAUGGACACUUGGACCGGCAGAUUUCGCUCAUUCAGGAGAGGCUGGAGGACACAAGAGGAAACCCUAUGGAUCGACUGGCUUUUAUCCGAAUGUAUGAUGACAUGGCAGUUGAAACACUUAAACAACAUUUAAAGCUCCUGACUGAGGAGAGGUCUGACCUCCAGAGUCAACUAAUGGACUGUCACCUACAAAUCGAGCAGGAGGGAAAGGCGUUCCAUAAGACCAACGAUGAGAGGCGGGCAUAUCUCACAGAAAUUGUUAAGCUGUCUUCCACCAACGAGACUCAAAGAAGUCAAUAUUCCAGUCAUCGACAGAGAGCGCCAGGGAGCAAACAGAUCAGAGGGAAGCAGACCUGUCGAAAGAUACAGGUUGACGCUAACAAAACAAAAGAAGGAGAAGAAGGAUUAGGAAAGUGUGUGAAUGAAGGAGGAAGAGGAGGAGGAGGUGGGGGUGAUUCAUCAACCGAGAGAAGAGUGGAGAGGAAAUUCCAAAAAGAAAGCAGGUUACCUACUCUUAAGCAGUACGAGAAACAUCUUUGA